AAACCGCAAAAGUUUUACAGUUUCUACAUGAUUGGCAGUUAUUAUAAUGGUCUAAAUCAGUGUAAACAUCAACAAGCUGCAUGAACAGAUUCCUAUGAUGUAGAAAUGUAGUGUACAACCUGGGUUUCACAGACCCAGUUGAACCCAGCUUUAGUUUAUUAACAGAUAGUAUAUAAUGUAAUCAACACUGAUUAAGCAGCAUUGCAUUCCUCCUGUUUGUACUCUAACUUCCCCUCGAACAACAAUAAAUGAGUCAAUGAACACCUAAUCAUAGAAAAAGCAGGGUAACCCGGGUACAGAGCCACAGCCAUCUACACCCUCACUGACCAAGUAAACACACUCCCAGAAUGUAUGUCAGAUUUAUCCCUCUGUGUGUGUGUUAGGAAACAACUUAGAAGUCCCAGUUUGAUUAUUAGUCAUAGAGACAUGAUAUACUGUAAUGGGGUACACAGUGGAACAAAACGCUUCCCCCUCGACAAUGGAAUGAAACGCUUCCCCCUCGACAAUGGAACAAAAUUCUUCCCCCUCGACAAUGGAAUGAAAUGCUUCCCCCUCGACAAUGGAAUGAAACGCUUCCCCCUCGACAAUGGAAUGAAAUGCUUCCCCUCGACAAUGGAAUGAAAUGCUUCCCCUCGACAAUGGAACGAAAUGCUUCCCCCUCGACAAUGGAACAAAACGCUUCCCCCUCGACAAUGGAAUGAAAUGCUUCCCCCUCGACAAUGGAAUGAAACGCUUCCCCCUCGACAAUGGAAUGAAAUGCUUCCCCUCGACAAUGGAACGAAAUGCUUCCCCCUCGACAAUGGAAUGAAAUGCUUCCCCCUCGACAAUGGAACUAAACGCUUCCCCCUCGACAAUGGAACGAAACGCUUCCCCCUCGACACUGGAAUGAAACGCUUCCCCCUCGACAAUGGAAUGAAAUGCUUCCCCCUCGACAAUGGAACGAAAUGCUUCCCCCUCAAAAAUGGAACGAAAUGCUUCCCCUCGACAAUGGAACGAAAUGCUUCCCCCUCGACAAUGGAACGAAAUGCUUCCCUUUCGACAAUGGAACGAAAUGCUUCCCUUUCGACAAUGGAACGAAAUGCUUCCCUUUCGACAAUGGAACAAAAUGCUUCCCCUCGGCAACGGAACGAAACGCUUCCCCUCGGCAACGGAACGAAACGCUUGUCCUCGGCAACGGAACGAAACGCUUGUUCUCUGCAACGGAACGAAACGCUUGUUCUCUGCAACGGAACGAAACGCUUGUCCUCGGCAACGGAACGAAACGCUUCCCCUCGGCAACGGAACGACAACAGAAAGACACAGUGUGUAUGGACCCGGAGGUGAUGUCGUACAGUCAGACCAUCUACAUGACUGGUCUUCUGCUAGGAUCUCUGUUUGGAGGAGCUCUCUCUGACAGGUACGGUAAGCGAGCAGUGCUGCUGGUGUGUGUGUGUGUUAAUGCUGUGACUGCUGUGCUGCCGGCAGUCCUUCCUCAAGCCCUCCUCUUCCUCACCCUGCGCUGUCUGGCCGGGGUCUCCUGCUGCUGCAUCAAUAUCUGCAGCUUCAGUCUGGGUGUGGAAUGGAGUCUUCCCAGGUAUCGUAUCUGGCCCCCGGCCCUCCUGUCCUUCUCCUUCAGUCUGGGUAUGAUGGCCCUGGCUCCGCUGGCGUACCUGACACACACCUGGACACAGCUACACCUGGCACUGGCCGUACCACAGAUCCUCUGUCUGCCACUCUACUAUUGUAUUCCUGAGUCUCCUCGCUGGCUGCUCCUGAAAAGGAGGACAGAGACUCUGGAGCAGUAUAGGAGACACAGUCCUGAGGACAGACGCUUUCUAGACCUGUUGUUGGACACAGAGGGGAAGGACCUGCAGGAAGUCCACCUGAACACAGAGGGGAAGGACCUGCAGGAAGUCCACCUGAACACAGAGGGGAAGGACCUGCAGGAAGUCCACCUGAACACAGAGGGGAAGGACCUGCAGGAAGUCCACCUGAACACAGAGGGGAAGGACCUGCAGGAAGUCCACCUGAACACAGAGGGGAAGGACCUGCAGGAAGUCCACCUGAACACAGAGGGGAAGGACCUGCAGGAAGUCCACCUGAACACAGAGGGGAAGGACCUGCAGGAAGUCCACCUGAACACAGAGGGGAAGGACCUGCAGGAAGUCCACCUGGACACAGAGGGGAAGGACCUGCAGGAAGUCCACCUGGACACAGACACACCUGACAAUAAGACAAACACACUGGAGACUGACACACCUGACAAUGAGACACACACACUGGAGACUGACACACCUGACAAUGAGACACACACACCAAAGACAGACACACAAACAUGGGAGGAACACACACUUUCCCACUGCGGACACAUGAGAAGUCCUACCAUCCUUCUGCGCCUGGUCAUCUUGAGUUACAUUGGGCUAGCAUCAGCCCUGACGUACUACGGUAUCUGUAUGAAUGUCGGGCGGUUCGGGGUUGAUGUCUUCCUGGCUCAGUUCUUCAGCGGCCUAUCAGAGGCUCCCUGCCUGCUCGUCCCAUUCCUAUUGGCUCGCUGGGGCAGACGCCCAAUCAGCAUGCUAUCCCUGUUCCUCAGUGGCUCCUUCUGCCUGCUGUCCCUGCUCGCAUCACGCUUCUACGAUGUUCCAGGGUUGGUGAUGACUCUGGCCCUGGUGGGGAAGCUGUGUAUGCAGACCACUGUGUUUGUCUCUGUACUCUACGGCAUCGAACUCUUCCCUACGCUCAUCAGACAGAAGUGUGUGGGCUUGGUGUGUCUGUGUUACAGGGUGGGCUGUAUCCUGAAUGCGGUGGUCAGUCCUAGAGGAGAAACCAUCCCAUUGGCCGCUAUGAUUCUUUAUGGGAGUGGCCCCAUUGUUGGGGCGGGACUGUGUCUGUUUCUACCGGAGACCAGUGGUGUGCCGCUCCCUGAUUCGCUGGAGGACUGUGACAAACAACCCAGUCUUCAUCUACCAACCUUCCCUUCCCUUUGGUCUUCAGAGGGUGCUCAGCGGAUACCCCAGCUGGCAAAGCCUACCCGUUGCUGGGAGACCCAGAGAAGCCCUCCCACAACCCACAGGAUCCAAACGGACUCAAACUGCACGUACACAAACACACACAUGCUGUAGAUACAUGUAUUUGAAGUUCCACGGUGCUCAGUUGGUACAGAACACAAUAAACUGGGAGGUACUACCUGAACUUUGAACCAUAAACAUUGCAAUACAUUUUGAGACGUUGUGCCCUACUGAACACGACCGUGGUUUUAGUGUUUUAUAGGUUUGAUCCUGUAUCUCCCACAGCCUGCAGAGGCUUGCGUGUGUGAGAUGUGAGGAAACAUUGCUAAUGUAGCAUUGUGUGAACAGCUCUGCAGGAAGGUUCUGUGUGUGCAUUUUCUUAUCCUUGCACAAUCCUUGUUAUCCUUGCACAAUCAUGAAUCUCCCUUGCACCUUGCUAACAUUUCUACACUGUGUUUCAUAUCAAGUUGACUUUCGAUGGGGGGGUGCGGGGGGGGGGGGGCUGUCUUAUCAUAAAGGGUGUGGUCUUGUUGCUGUAUGUUUGGUAUUGAAAUCAGAUGCCUGUAGUUAUGUGUAGGAAUGUUGUCCUGUCCGGUGGCAGGGUCACGCUGUUGAAAUGACCAAUUGUAUCUCAUUAUGUGCUGUUGUGUGUUCUUAUAGGCUGAGGAAUGUUCUCCUGUAGUCUGUAGAUUUCCUGUUCUUUGCUAUUAAAUAAAAAUAAAAUAAAAGAUUUUUCAAUUUCA